AUGGACAACAGCUUCCGGUCGACGGUGCUGCCGCGGGCGCAAGGCGACGGCAAAGGCGAGGGCGACAUGGACAGACACGGCCGCGGCCACGACAGACACCAGCACCACGCUGCGGCGCGCGACGUGAUGAAUGCGCAUGCAGGGAGCGCAGCGCAUCGGCACCUGGAUUCAUCCUCCACAACCGCCAGUGCAGCCAGCUUCAGCCUGCGCUCACCAACCGUCCCAACUGGCUCCGCCCACGCUCACGCCCGCGCCCACACCAGCGCCAGCGCCAACGCCAAUGCCAGCUCGGCCUCUGCCUCUGCCUCUGCCUCCAUGUCUGCCUCAACUUUCCAUGCUCCUCCUCCCUUUGCAUCUCCCGGCCGCAACACCAACGCCAGCAUCACCACCUCGGCCAGCGGCCAUCAUCACCACCACCACAGCCACGGCUCUGCUGCCAGCCCGCCCCUCCAAUCGCCUCCGAGGCUGUCGCCGCCGCUGCACCACAGCUCCGUCGCUCACCACCACGCCAUCGGCACCGGACAUCGUCACCACGGCCACGGCUCUGCACCCGCGGCUGCCGGCCGUGUAGCAUCGUCGUCCCCCUACAUGGCGUCCUCAUCCUCAUCGCCAGCCGGUGCUGCUGGUCCCCCGCCGCUGCCUCCCCCCUCGACGUCCUCGAACCCGUCCACGUCGAGUAGCCGCGAUCAUCACCACCAGCACGGGGCACCUCCAGUGUCGCCUCGACACCCCCCGGCGUCAUCGGCGUCCAAUUACUACCCGCCGCCUGCCUCAUCGCCCGACUCUCAUCAUCAAUCCCUUCAUCACACUCGCGACAAGCCGGCAUCAGGCCGAGUCUACGACCCCACGACCGACACCACCAAGGAGCGCAGGGUAUCCGACUCCUGGCACAACGCGCCCCAGAACUCCACGCCAAAGACUGCUCGCGACCCUCACCCCUACGAGCGGACACCUGCCGACCAACAUCACUCAUCCUCAUACUACAGCAACAACAACGGUCAUUACACGUCGCCUAGAUCGUCAUACAACAGGCCGCGAAGCCCGCUAUCUCACUCUCACCCGAGCUUGCCAGUUGGCUCUCACAGUCCGCCGGGCCGCACAGCCCAACUCCCCUCGCCUUCAGAAAGACAUGUACCUGCAGCCACUUUGAACUCGACCACCAACGGCUCCUCCACCAUGUCAACCAUCAUCAAAUCAGAGCCCCGCGCGGUCUCACCUUCAAAACCCGUGUCUGCAUCAUCGACAAAUACUCCUGGUCGAUCGGCUGAUCCCAUGUCCUUUUCCAACAUCCUGUCUAGUGCUGAGCCUGCACCAAAGCCCGCACCCGAGCCGCGUGGCCCCAGUCCAGAGCCCCUUGAGCCGGAGCAAGACGGUGACACUGAAGUCGAGCCGGAAAGGGAUGUCGAACGCGAACCCGAACCGACUCGGGCCAGAAAAGCAGAGUCAGUAGUGAGGAAGAAGCCUGGCCGACGACCAACAAAAGGCCGAGCAUCGGACAUACGGGACGCGGAAGCCCCCAAGGGUAAACGUCGUUCUUCAAUGAAGAGGGAGUCGCCUCAGCCUCGAUCAACCUCGAAGCGCCUAGCAAAUGGCCAGCCAAAAGCUACCAAGACGUGGUCCAGUGAAAUGGAGAAGAAAAUUUCAAACUCGGAAAUUCAGAUUGAGAAUGACGUACCGAGCCUCGACCCGACCGAAUUCGACGAGCAGGAAUACAAGCAACGUGCCCAAAAGCGCAGACGCAUCAUGAUUGAUUUUGACGCUGAUCAGGGACGUCUUCGACGUGAUGAAUACACCAAGAGCGCGGCUAAAAAAUUGCUUCUCCACUCAGAACUCGGCAAGCGACGAUACGACGACGUCUUUUACGACCAGGCGCUUCAUGAGGUUCGCGAGCAGGAGCUCUUUGCUGAGAAGGAGCGCAAAAAGGACAUGCAGCGGAAGCGACGUCGCGAGAAGUCCAUGGCUGUCACUAUUGAACUCAAAGAAGCUGCCUUGGCCAGAGCGAACGCUGCUGCAGAUGAAAACGAGCGCCAGAAGCACUUGCGCGAUGCUGAGCGUGCGAGCAAAAAGGCACAGCAGACCAAACUUAUCUUGCAAAAGGGCAUCAAAGGACCAGCGCGUAAUCUGGAGCUCAACUUGGAGGGUGGUACCAUGUCUAGUUUCUUAGCCUCAGAUGCUGACACUCCCAAGAAGGGCAGAGGCAAAGGAGGGCGUCUUAAGAAAUCCAAGGAGCAGAAGAAGGCCGAGAAGGACUCCGCCGAGGCAGCCCAAGCCUUACUCGAUGCGGGCAAGGAACUUCCCCCCAAGGAGGAGAGCAAGGUCCGAAUCAAGAUCAAGGGCCGAUCCAACAAAGAAAAGGAGAAGGAGAAGGAUACUGAGAAGACAAAGGAGAGCAAGGAGCCUGUCAAGGAGAAAAAGGACGAGGUGUCUGAACUGGAGAAGAAGUUUAGCUCCAAGGGCUACAAUCAGAUUUAUGAGCAGAUCUGGCGCGACAUGGCUCGGAAGGAUGUUAACAAGACUUUCAAGAUGGCUGUUGACUCCUACGCGACAAAGGGCUCCAACCUCAAAAAGACGGCUAUUCUGGCAUCAAAGGAAGCCAAGCGAUGGCAGCUACGGACCAACAAGGGCACCAAGGAUCUGCAGGCACGUGCUAAGCGAGUUAUGCGUGAUAUGAUGGGCUUCUGGAAACGUAAUGAACGUGAAGAGCGUGACUUGCGCAAGGCUGCCGAGAAGCAGGAGAUUGAAAAUGCCAGACGAGAGGAAGCAGACCGCGAAGCCGCUCGCCAGAAGAGAAAGCUCAACUUCCUCAUCUCACAGACCGAGCUGUACUCCCACUUUAUCGGAAAGAAGAUCAAGACCGAUGAAGUAGAGCGAAGCACGGAUAACCCUGACAUUGCUCAGCCCAGCAACGGAAUACCCCAAAAGAAGCUUGACAUUGCGGAGCCAUCUGGCCCCGUCGGAGACAGAGUUACCGAUUUUGAGAACCUCGACUUUGACAAUGAAGACGAGACCCAGUUGCAGGCCGCUGCGAUGGCGAAUGCUCAGAAUGCUAUCGCAGAGGCACAAAAGAAAGCGCGCGCCUUCAACAAUGAGGGUGACCUGGAUAUGGAUGAAGAAGGCGAGAUGAACUUCCAGAAUCCCACAGGUCUUGGAGAAAUGGAAGUCGAGCAGCCCAAGCUCAUCAACGCGCAGCUCAAGGAGUAUCAGCUCAAGGGCCUCAACUGGCUGGUCAACCUGUACGAACAGGGCAUCAAUGGUAUCCUGGCCGACGAAAUGGGCCUCGGAAAGACAGUGCAGUCCAUCUCUGUCAUGGCUUACUUGGCCGAGAAACACGACAUCUGGGGACCCUUCCUGGUUGUUGCACCCGCCUCGACGUUGCACAACUGGCAACAGGAAAUUGCCAAGUUUGUUCCCGAGUUCAAGAUUCUCCCCUACUGGGGCAGUGCACCGGACCGGAAGGUCCUGCGUAAAUUCUGGGACAGGAAGCACUCGACAUAUCGCAAGGACGCUGCUUUCCACGUCUGUGUGACAUCUUACCAGCUAGUUGUCUCUGAUGUGGCAUAUUUCCAAAAGAUGCGGUGGCAGUACAUGAUUCUAGACGAGGCCCAAGCUAUCAAGAGCUCCCAGAGUUCUCGAUGGAAGUCUCUGUUGGGCUUUCACUGCCGCAACAGACUCCUACUUACCGGUACGCCUAUUCAGAACAACAUGCAGGAAUUAUGGGCGCUCCUCCACUUCAUUAUGCCGUCCCUUUUCGACUCCCACGACGAAUUCAGCGAAUGGUUCUCCAAGGAUAUCGAGUCUCAUGCACAGAGUAACACAAAGCUCAACGAAGACCAGCUUAAGCGUCUCCACAUGAUUCUGAAGCCCUUUAUGCUCCGUCGUGUCAAGAAACACGUACAAAAGGAGCUUGGUGAUAAGAUUGAACUGGAUGUGUUUUGCAACCUCACAUACAGACAGCGAGCUUACUACACCAAUCUUCGGAACCAGAUCAACAUCAUGGACCUCGUUGAAAAGGCCACCCUGGGAGACGACCAGGAUUCGGGCACCUUGAUGAACUUGGUCAUGCAGUUCCGAAAAGUCUGCAAUCAUCCAGAUCUGUUUGAACGCGCCGAGGUUACUGCUCCAUACUCCUUUGGCUACUUUGCGGAAACGGCCUCGUUUGUGCGUGAAGGAAGUACCGUUGUUGCAGGCUACUCUACCCGUAGUCUGGUCAAUUUUGAGCUCCCGUCGUUAGUCUGGACGGAGGGCGGUCGUCUCAACAAGGCCUCGAGGGAUAAUGCCAAGGCUGGAUGGCGCAACAAGGCUCUGAACCACAUGAUGAAUAUUUGGUCCCCUGACCAUGUGCGCGAGAACGCGCAAGAGUCAAAGGCGUUCUCUUGGCUUCGUUUUGCAGACGUCUCUGCUGGGGACGUUUACAGGGCUACGCAUGACUGCCUCUUUACUCGGGCAGUCAAUGAGCUGCAAAAGAGCGAUAGAAUUGGCCAAAUGUCAAUCAUCUAUGACGAGGAAGGAGAGGACAAGACAUUCACUCCUGCGCACGCAUUGUUCAACAUUUGCGCCAGAGAAAAUCGCCGCCCUCUUGCUGAGAUUACUACCGAAGGCAUCCUCGACAAUCUUAUGAAUGUUGCUCGCGGCAGUUACAACGACUCUGGUCUGAGCAGACUGGAGAUUGCUGGUCGAUCUCGUGCUUCGGCCCCCCCAGUGGAGGUUUCAUGCAACAGCAUGAGCGCGGUCAGAGAACGCCAGGAUAUGAUGUUCAACCCCGCCAUUCGUAGGGCUCUCUACGGUCCUACUUUCGCGGAGGAGAAGUCACUUGUUGAACAAAAGGUGCCUCUCGAGCUAUACCCUUCGCGUAGCCUCCUCCCCAAGCCCGACAGCGAGAGGAAGCGCUUCACCGAAUUCGUGGUCCCCUCUAUGCGCAAAUUUGUUACCGACAGUGGCAAGCUUGCUAAGCUGGAUGAGUUGCUGUUCAAACUCAAGAAUGAAGGUCACCGAGUCCUGCUGUACUUUCAGAUGACUCGCAUGAUUGAUAUGAUGGAGGAGUAUCUCACCUACCGCAACUACAAGUAUUGCCGUCUCGACGGCUCUACCAAACUGGAGGAUCGACGUGACACUGUUCAUGACUUCCAGACCCGACCCGAAAUCUUCAUCUUCUUGCUGUCUACACGUGCGGGUGGUUUGGGAAUCAAUCUUACCUCUGCCGAUACUGUCAUCUUUUACGACUCGGAUUGGAACCCUACAAUUGACUCGCAAGCCAUGGACCGUGCCCACAGACUGGGUCAGACGAAGCAAGUUACUGUUUAUCGCCUCAUUACCCGCGGUACUAUUGAAGAGAGAAUCCGUAAGAGAGCUCUUCAAAAGGAGGAAGUUCAACGUGUCGUUAUCCAGGGAGGUGGUGCCAGCGUUGACUUCUCUGGUCGUCGUGCACCUGAGAACCGCAACCGCGAUAUUGCCAUGUGGCUGGCCGAUGACGAGCAGGCUGAAAUGAUUGAACGUCGUGAGAAGGAGCUCUUGGAGUCCGGAGAGUAUGACAAACAGAAGAAGAGAGGCGGAAAGCGCAAGAAAGCGGAAGCUCCCGCCAGCUUGGAUGACAUGUAUCAUGAAGGCGAGGGACAUUUUGACGACGGAAGCAGAGCUGGAGCCUCUGGCACAGCAACCCCUGCCGAAAGCGAUACGAAGGGCAAGAGAGGACGUGGGAAGGCGGCUGGGAAACGAGCCAAGACGGCCAAACAACGCCUAGCAAUCGCAGACGGCAUGGUUGAUGCAUAA